CCCGCCUCCCGCUGCACAGCGCUGCGUGUCCUGUGCGCGCGUGCGGCGACUGGCCCCGAGUCCCACCGCGGGCGAGUGCGUUCAUCUGCGGCGUCCGAGCGGGCGAGCAAAGGAGGGGGCUGGCGGUGUGCUGCGCAGCGGCUGGAGAGCAGCAGGCCGAGGGUCUUCGGCACAGAAAUCUGGCCUCGGAACCAGCGAUCCUCUGCACAACUCCCAACGGCCACUAACAUCCCUACCCGGCAUCUGGGCCUGGGGUUCUGCUCAGAAAUCGGCCUGGCCCAACUCCGUCCCUCUGAGCUCUUGAAGAUUACCGCGUCUUUCUUCCUAGCGCAGAGAAGUGAGCCCGGAAAGGGAAGGAGAGGGCGGGGACACCCCCCCUCCCCCGCCCCAAAUAAAUAAAUAAAUAAACUGGCUCUUCAUCGCAGCUGGACACGGUUGGUUGAGUCCAGGUUGGGUCGGACCUGAACCCCUAAAAGCGGAAACGCCUCCCGCCCUCGCGCCAGCCGCCGGCCGGGAGCUGAGUCGCCGGCGGCGGUGGCGGAGGACCGACUAGGGAGUUUCCUCUCGCUCUGGAUGGAGCUGAACUUUGGGUGGCCAAAGCAGCGCGGCCGUCCGGCGAUCGCUGCAUGCUGAGCUGCCUCGGCGAGACCCAGCGGCGGCUCGGGAUUUUUUGGGGGGCGGGGACCAGCUGUGCGCCGGCACCAUGUUCCUGGCGACUCUGUACUUCGCGCUGCCGCUCCUGGACGUGCUCCUGUCGGCCGAGGUGAGCGGCGGGGACCGCCUAGACUGUGUGAAAGCCAGCGACCAGUGCCUCAAGGAGCAGAGCUGCAGCACCAAGUACCGCACGCUGAGGCAGUGCGUGGCGGGCAAGGAGACCAACUUCAGCCUGACGUCUGGUCUGGAGGCCAAAGACGAGUGUCGCAGUGCCAUGGAGGCCCUCAAGCAGAAGUCGCUCUACAACUGUCGCUGCAAGAGGGGUAUGAAGAAGGAGAAGAACUGCCUGCGUAUCUACUGGAGCAUGUACCAGAGCCUGCAGGGAAAUGAUCUGCUUGAAGAUUCCCCAUAUGAACCAGUUAACAGCAGAUUGUCUGAUAUAUUCCGGGUGGUCCCAUUCAUACCAGUGGAGCACAUUCCCAAAGGGAACAACUGCCUUGAUGCUGCCAAGGCCUGCAACCUCGAUGACACCUGCAAGAAGUACAGGUCCGCGUACAUCACCCCGUGUACCACCAGCAUGUCCAAUGACAUCUGCAACCGGCGCAAGUGCCACAAGGCCCUCCGGCAGUUCUUCGACAAGGUUCCAGCCAAGCACAGCUAUGGCAUGCUCUUCUGCUCCUGCCGGGACAUCGCCUGCACCGAGCGGAGGCGGCAGACCAUCGUGCCUGUGUGCUCCUACGAGGAGAAGGAGAAGCCCAACUGUCUGAACUUGCAGGACUCCUGCAAGACGAAUUACAUCUGCAGAUCUCGCCUUGCGGAUUUUUUUACCAACUGCCAACCGGAGUCAAGGUCUGCCAGCAGCUGUCUAAAGGAAAACUAUGCUGACUGCCUGCUUGCCUACUCAGGACUUAUUGGCACAGUCAUGACCCCCAACUACAUAGACUCGAGCAGCCUCAGUGUGGCCCCGUGGUGCGACUGCAGCAAUAGCGGGAAUGACCUGGAGGAGUGCUUGAAAUUUUUGAAUUUCUUCAAGGACAAUACAUGUCUUAAAAAUGCAAUUCAAGCCUUUGGCAAUGGCUCUGAUGUGACUGUGUGGCAGCCAGCCCUCCCUGUUCAGACCACCACUGCCACCACCACUACAGCCUUUCGGCUCAAGAACAAGCCCCUGGGGCCAGCAGGGUCUGAGAAUGAAAUCCCCACUCAUGUCUUACCACCUUGUGCAAAUUUACAGGCACAGAAGCUGAAAUCAAAUGUGUCGGGCAGCACACACCUCUGUCUUUCUGAUCGUGAUUAUGAAAAGGAUGGUCUCUCUGGUGCUUCUAGCCACAUAACCACAAAAUCAAUGGCUGCUCCUCCAAGCUGUGGUCUGAGCCCACUGCUGGUCCUGGCGGUAACCACCCUGUCCACCUUAUUAUCUGUAUCUUUGGCAGAAACAUUGUAGCUGCAUUUAAAAACAAUAUGGACAUGUAAAAAGACAAAAACCAAGUUAUCUGUUUCCUGUCCUCUUAUAUAUCUGAAAUUCCACUUUUAGGAGCUCAGUUGAGACACUGCUAAAACAGUUUCAUCCAACUGGAACUUUCUUUUCUUUUCUUUUCUUUUUUUAAGAAAGCUUCUUGUGAUCCUUAGGGCUUCUAUUGGCUACCUGAUGCAGUGCUACAUUCCAAGCUCAAAGGCUUUGGGGCCUGCUGUGUUGUGAAGGGACCCCUGGUAAAUUCUGGCUGUAAAGCAAACGAGGGCCAUGUUUUUCAUGAUGAUGAUGACGAUUUUAACAAUUGAACUCUGGCCUUUACCAGCUAGAGAAGGACUCAGUGUUUCUAAAGAAUCUUCCAUAUCUCAUGUAAGAGUUUUGGUUUCUGAUGACCUAACAGCAGCCUAACCUGGAUACCAGACUUCUUUUUUGUCAUAAUGCAAAGAUUCCCAUCAAGAGAAUCGUGAUGUACUUCACGCAAACACACCUGUACCGAUGUUCACCUUUCUAUAUGUACUAGCAUCUCCCACGCUAAUGCUUAUGUACUAUAAACGGUUCUUCGCUCUCCUACAAAACAACAAACACCCAUCACAUCCAAAUGUAGUGUCUGUCUUCUUGUCAGAACUGAGAGUAAGAGUGGGGUGUGAAACUUCACAAAACCUUCAACAGCACUUUCCUAAGCCUUACCUGAGUAAGAAGCCCUUAAACUAACGAGAGUCAAAUUCAGCCGAAGUGUCACUCUAAUACUCUUUCCAUGUAUGAGGUUAUAUGUAGAAAAAAAUUUUACUACUAAAUGGUUUCCACUAUUGGCUUUCUAUAUUUUGGAAGUAAUGGUACUGUCUUCAUUUUUUACUGAUGAUUUAAUACAAAAUACUUGGAGCUUGUUUUCCUCUUAGAAGUAGUGUUGGCUCCAAUAUUAACUUCACAAACACAGCUCUUCAAAAGCAGGCUCUGAGGAGCUCCGUGCUUUAGCAGAAAGCGCCGCAGCACGUUACUGGGACAGGCAGGAGGAAGCGGAGCAGCCAAGCGUUGUCUUUUCUCAUUUCAGUGCCACUGUGCAUACCUGCAAGGACACCACAGCCCCUCGUUAAUGUUCUGCAAUGUCUAAUGGCACACGUGCCAGGGGACGCAGUCAGUACCUUGGUUUUCAUGUUACCUGACAAAGGCCGCUUUGAGGGGGAAGGGGCACAGGGAUGUGCUUCCCUCUCUCCAAAGCAGACCUGUGCCAGGGUACACAGUCCCAUCUCUAAGGGGUGUCUUUACUCCCAAUUUGGAUGGCUUGGCAGCUGUUUGGGCCGUUUGGUCAUCACGAAGCUGCUUGCAUCUUGUUCUCUGUCCUCAGUGACAGACUGGGACUGACUAUGCAGAAAGAAAGGAGGUUGGGGAUUGGGAGAGUCAGCAGUGGGGUCUGGGGAGGGGAGCUGGUGGGCACAGGUACACGGAACAGAACAAGACUCUGGAUAUAAGGCAUCUGGCUUGUUCACCACGCUCAAGUUCCACAGUUUUUUCCUUAAAGAAAUAGACUCUGAAGUACACUUUUGAAGUCUGAGUGAAAUGGCAUGACUCAGAAUCUGCCGUGAUCAAGUGCUAGUAGACAUGUGUCUGCAGAGCUGAAUAGAGGAUAAGGGAUUCCAUCUUACAGGGUGCUGGGAGCAUUGGUUUCUCCCCACAUUAGUGGAUGGGCUGGAGGAGGGAGCCCAUGGUGCACGUACUGAUCCCUUUUGCACGCUGAGGUUUGCCUUGUAAGGGUUAAUCAAAGUCCUGGAAUGGGGAAUCUAUUAAAUCCAAGAUAAAGGCAUAGUCUUUUAGCUCUGUUGCUGUUUGAAGUACCUUUAUAUCCGAAUGUGAAUAAAUAUAAAUGUAUAAUA